CCGCGCCUCUCACUUCCUCCCGCCGGGCAAGUGAGAGGAUAAAUCACGGAGCGGGGGCAGUGCGCCCCCACCAACCGCGCCCGCAGCGCACGGACCCCCACUACACGCGCGUCCCAGGCGGGGUCGACCCAGACGAGCCACGGGGCGGCGCACAGCCCCACCAGCAGGGCGGCCAGGACCCACGCGCACGGGUCCACGCAGGGACCUAUAGGUGACAAAACACUCAGGAAGCCGUCAUGCGGGGACGGGAAAGAGCCCCCACCCAGAGUCACGGACCCCCUCGUCCAAGGGUCCGCGCAGUCCCCUCGGUGAGUCUGGCGAAGCAGUCUCGCUGCGAGGGAGGGCGGGGAGGGCGGCGGAGUCUCCCACUCGCGGUGAUCCGGACCCCGCCCCACUAGUGGGUCCUCGCAGCCCCUCUGCCGCACACGGGGACCAGCCACGCCGCGGGACCGGGCAGAAGCCAGCGCCCGGGUCCAUGCAGUGCCCUCCGCGCAGACGCGGGGAGACUGGGAGCAGUAGGGACCGGCCCCCACCCGCAGGGCGACCGGUACCCCCGCGCGGGCCCACGCGGCGUCGCAGCAGGCACGAAGCCCCCGGUGCCACCCGAGGCCAAGACAAAGCCCAGGCGCAAGGACCCCGGACCCGACCCCGGACCCUGCGGAGCCCAGCUCGGAGCCGCCACGCCCGGGGCAGAGACCCCCGCCCGGUCCGGAGACCCCGUCGCCCGUCGCGCCGUCUCACCUCAGGCCGCUGCCUCGCAGUGCUCGCUCCUCGCCGCUGCGCCUGGGCCGACUGGAGCGCAGCUGAGCAGCCGACAGAGCCGCGGCAGCCUCAACAAUGGAGCCCCGGGGCGGGGCCGCCGCCGCCGCUUCAGCCCGUGUUCCCCGCUCGGGAUCCGGCUCGGAUCACUGAGCUGCAGCCGGCGCGGGGCUGCGGCCGGUACACACACCGCGCAGGCGCACACGGCCCCGCCCGCCGCCUGCCGCCCCGCCCCCAGCUGAGCCGGGCGCCCAGGGCCCGCCCCCCGGCCAAUGGGGAGCGAGCUGCGCGGAGAGGGCGGGGCCUGGGGGAACAAAGGGAGGUUGGGCGGGGCGGCGCUGGAACUGGGCGUGCGGGGUCCCGCGGGAGGACCAUAGCCAUGAGCUGGCCGGAUCCUGGCCUCCUAGAAGACCCAGCUCAAUGUCCACUUGGAGUCUGCUCUACAGGACGCGCUCAUCUCAAGCCCAGAACUCAGGCUUUUAGGGCAGAGAGCGAGAGACAGGCUUGCUUUACAGAAAGGGAAACUGAGGUCCAAGGAAUAGGAUUGCCUGCUGCCCGAAGUCACGUAGUCCCAUUCACUCGUUCACCUUGUCAUUCAGCAAACAUUUGGAAGCACGUAUGGUGGGCAUUAGGAGUGAAAUAGGGCCGGGCGCGGUGGCUCGUGCCUGUAAUCCCAGCACUUUGUGGGGCCGAGGCAGGCGGAU